AUGGCAUUCACUAACCCGUUGUCAAUUAUUAGUGGCCACCUUUAUUCAACGGAUGAUAAAUUGAAGAGGGGAAGGCCCCCUCCAUUUCUCAAGAAUGCUUGUGAAGAUGUUGCAGUAGGCGAAGAGCCAGUGUCGUCUUGCUGCGUGUUCCCCUUGGCUUUAGCAAUAGCGCAUGGCGGCAUGAUUCCCAUAGCCCCUAUGUUCUUGGGACAUCCGAUGCAGGGGUAG